CACGCCGUCCUCCCGGCCAGUUUGCCUCCUUCCCACCCCCGCGUUCCUAACGGUCGUCUCCUGCCCCUCGGAAGCUCGGUCCAGGGCCCCCGGCCUCCCCCGCGCCGCAUCCUCCGCCGGGCCCGCGCGGAGGCCCCCGACCCGAAUGCCGGGCGCUCCCCAGAGAUUCCUUAACGUGUCUCGGGGUUCUUGUCAAAAUUAGCUGGGCCCUGCGGGUUUCAAGUCCACGCGUUGCACGACUGGCUAAUGUGGAAGCCUUCUCCCCUUAAGCAGAGUACCUCUGCUGGGUCUUCACCUGAAUUUCCUUUCAGUCAGCAACAUUAGUGCUUGGUCAUUGGGGUCUCCUUCCUCCCGGUUGCCCAGCCAUGUUAAACACGUUAGUCUUUUUUUGUCGCCAGGCUUGGCCCUUCCCAGCCCAAUCCCCCUGAUGCAGCAGCUCCCUGGCCACGGCCCCCUUACACUUUCCCCUUUUUUGAGUUAACUUUAAGGAGACCCUCAUCUCGCACCUCACCCAGUCGUUACUAGAAUUCUAGUAAGCUUCCAGCCCUGGUCCAUCAUAGCGCCAGUCCCUGGGAGAUGCUAAAUCAAUACUUCUUGGCCUAUUCUUUCCUCCAGGCACCCCAGUCUUACUCCCCUCUUGCUGUUCAGUGCUGCGUUCCCAACAAUCAUCACCCUUUACACUACCUCUCCAACGCCCCUUGGAGAUGACAUGCCAGUUACAACUUAGCCUCCCACCAAGAGCCCCCUCGUUUGCCUCUGCAGCUCAAACACCAUGCGUCCCCUCUGCGGCUCGCACUUUGGGAGUUUGCUCUCUGGUUCCUUCAUCUGUACCGUCCCCUGUGCAGUCCCAGGUCUCCAACCCUCACUCCAGCUCGUUUUGUUUCCUACAUUGUAGGUGUAGCAUGUCAUUGGGAAAGGUUGGGGCAGAUGUGUACUGUAUGUUGCCAUCGCUGGGGGCAGGGGCCUCAAAUGUCCCAUGUGUUAAUUACAGUCAAGUGAGUUGUGUGCUUAGACCCCCGGCCUGGCAUUUUCAGCCAAUGGACGUAUUAGUAUUGUGUGUGAUUUGAUGGAUUAAAAGACCCGUUCGUCCUCGCUUUUAUUUCUGUAUUUGGGAUUUGGAAUAGAGCUGAGAGGGUGAAAAGAGGCAGCUACGUGAAGGAUUUUAAAAUUUCUCUAAUGAGAAAUUUAAAAUGACUUGAAACUCACAAAGUAUGUUUGAGAGUUUGGGAUGGUUCUUGCUGCUUACGUGCCCCUUCAGUUGCAUGGUGUCUAGGGACGUCCGGGUCCCCUGCCGUUGCAGCUGCAGCCUCCCUUGUUUUCCCUGGCUGGAACCCAAGACUGGGCAAGUGGGCAAAAGGGAUCAAAUGAGGUAAAGUGUGGAAUUGCUUUGCAAACUGUUAACUAAUAGACAUGCCGAGGGGCAGAAUUUGUCAGGAUUGUUCAGAGAGUAGAGAGCUGGGAUAGCUGACCAUCCGAGAGGAAUGUGGGCUUGCACCCCCUUUUUAAGCCUCUUAAGUUUUCAUCCUACCAUGCUGGGAGAAUCUUUCCAUCUUGCGAAAGGGCGGAGUCACCUCCAACAGGCUUGGAGCUGGGCGAUUGCUCAAAUGUUGGGGAAUUUGGGAUUCUACUUCUGUUAAUAGUGGUACCUUUCUGUGCCAAGGCACAUUGCUCUGGAUUGGGGCUAAUUUUAGGGGUGAUGGAAUGAGGAAAUAAUGUUCUUAACUUAGUGUGUACUGGGACCGCCUAGUCUCUGAAUCUUUGCCUUUUGUGAAUUCUGAACCCCAGAGAACAGGCUCCCCUCUUAUUCCCUGAAGCCUGUUGUGAGCACCCAGGACCAGUGUGUGUCCUUUCCCCUUGAUUCCGGCAGGGGGCAGCCUUUUAAUAGCAAUAAUUCAGAUGCCAGGAGAGUGAGGGUAUGCUGAGGCCUGAGAACGAAGAGCCAGUACAGAUGAGGCAGGCGGCCUCAGGGCAGGGCAAGCGGUGGGGCUAAGCUGGAAUGAGCCUGUGAGGAGACCCUUAGAUCAAGUAGCCAGGAAAGGCCGUGUCCCGAGUCCUCUGCUGCCUUUCUCACUCUUUCCUUCACUGGAAAGGGAUCCAAACGCUUGCCUUUGAGAGUUUGUGAUAGAGAAAUUUGGGACAGUUUCUUUCAACCUAGUGUUUUCCCAAGGAUUUCCCUCUUGGCAGAAUUUCAUAUUUCUCUCAUGGGACAGUAUAAUUAGGGAAUGAUUUCCUUGCUCUUCAGUGGGAGAAUGAACUGCAGUAAAUUUGGUUUCUGUCGUCUUCCAUUCUUCCCCAUAAACAGAAUAGGAUUGAUUACCUGUGCUCAUGGCAUAGAGGAGGGUUUCUUAACCGUGGCACUAGUGACAUUUUGAGACAGAUAAUUCUCUGUUGUGGGGGCCGACCUGUGUAUUGUAGGAUUUUAGCAGCAUCCCUGGCCUCUACGCAUUAGAUGCCAGUAGUAAUUCCCAGUCAUGUCAACCAAAAAUGUCUCCAGAUUUUGCCAAAUGUCCCCUGGGGAGCAGAGUCACCGCCCCCUCCCCCCAGUUGAGAACUGCUGGCUUCGAGGAAGCAUGUGGAAAAGACGCACAUAUCUGCUUGGAGGGGUGCAAACCAUGGGAGUUAAUGCUUGCUGCUUGUCAAGGAAGGGCCAGUCAGCCACCAGCACUGGGACCAAUCCUCUCCUGGCUGGGCCCGCCAGGAGACUUGGCCUUUUUCUCCAGCUGCUCCUGUGCUUCCUCUUCCCCCCUGACUGCCUCUCCCUUUGCCUCUGCAGUUUUCUUGCUUUUCACACUGGAAGCCGCUUUCCUCACUUUGCUCCUUAAAACCAGGACAGAAAGGUGAAGGCCAGACGUGGAAAGUACCAAGGAGAGCCACCUUUGCCACUCCUUGGCAGGGUGGGAGGAAACGCUUCUUCCUUCCGUCCCAGAGUUGUGGAGUUUUAGAGUUGAUGGGCAUCGUGGAGGCGCUCCGGUCCAACCUCCCCCCCAGCCACUGAGGGAACCCUUGCGCAGCCCCCUGAGACCCUGUCUGCUCGUCCUCUGCUCGGAACCGCCAGGGAUGAGCUGCCUCCUGAGAAUCUCCUCUGCUGAUCCUUAGAGGGACAGGUCACUGCCACCACUGCCACUUCUGUCAGUCUCAGUAACUGACCGUAUUUCUACUUUAUGGGUCUUGCCCAAAUGUGAAGGUCCUUCCCCAGGUACCACUGCGGUCACACCAACGUCCAGUUGCUUGGAGACCCUGGUUCAUUCCAGCAUAGGCUCCUGCCUGAAGAGAGUCAGGCCCCCACUCUAACUGCUUCCUGGGGUAAGGCUGCCAGGUGUUUGGAGAGUGAACGCCAGGUCCCCUCGUCCCUGUGCAUCUCCUCCGACCGUUAGGACACGCUCAGCUUCACAAUGGCAGCAGAGACCCUCAACUUUGGGCCUGAGUGGCUGAGGGCACUUUCAAGUGGUGGCAGCGUAGCCUCCCCACCCCCAUCCCCCGCCAUGCCCAAAUACAAGCUGGCUGACUAUCGCUAUGGGCGAGAGGAGAUGCUGGCCCUCUACGUCAAGGAGAACAAGGUGCCUGAUGAGCUGCAGGACAAGGAAUUUGCUGCGGUGCUCCAGGAAGAGCCGCUGCAGCCCCUGGCACUGGAGCCUCUGACCGAGGAGGAGCAGAGAAACUUCUCCCUGUCAGUGAACAGUGUGGCUGUGCUGAGGCUGAUGGGGAAAGGGGCUGGCCCCCCCCCAGGCGGCGCCUCCCGUGGCAGGGGCAGCACGCGGAGCCGAGGCCGCGGCCGUGGUGAUAGUUGCUUUUACCAAAGAAGCAUUGAAGAAGGCGAUGGGGCCUUUGGUCGGAACCCCAGGGAGAUCCAGCGUAGCCAGAGUUGGGAUGACAGAGGCGAGAGGCGGUUUGAGAAGUCGGCCAGGAGGGAUGGAGCACGAUCCGGGUUUGAGGAUGGAGGGGCUGGCCCGAGGAAGGAACAUGCCCGCUCAGAUAGCGAGAACUGGCGUUCUCUCCGGGAGGAGCAAGAGGAGGAGGAGGAGGGCAGCUGGAGACUUGGGGCAGGACCCCGGCGAGAUGGCGACCGCUGGCGCUCAGCCAGCCCUGAUGGCGGCCCCCGCUCUGCUGGCUGGCGAGAACAUGGGGACCGGCGUCGCAAGUUUGAGUUUGAUUUGCGAGGGGAUCGAGGAGGGUGUGGUGAAGAGGAGGGGCGGGUGGGUGGGGGCAGCUCUCACCUCCGGAGGUGCCGAGGGCCUGACGGCUUUGACGACGACAAGGACGGGCUCCCAGAGUGGUGCCUGGACGAUGAGGAUGAAGAAAUGGGCACCUUCGAUGCCUCGGGGGCCUUCUUGCCUCUCAAGAAGGGCCCCAAGGAGCCCAUUCCUGAGGAGCAGGAGCUUGACUUCCAGGGUCUGGAGGAAGAGGAGGAAGAGCCCUCCGAAGGGUUGGACGAGGAGGGGCCUGAAUCAGGUGGGAAGGAACUGACUCCACUGUCGCCUCCAGAGGAGAAGUCUAGCUCCCCAUCCCCACUGGCUACCUUGGGCCCACUCUGGGGAGCUAAUGGGGACGGAGGUGACGCUGUGGAGAAAGACCUGCCAGCUGCUGAAGGAGACGAUUUGAGGGGAAUGCAGCUGAGUCCUGGGGUGGGCUCACCCCCUGGCCCACCUGGAGAUCUGGAAGAUGAUGAAGGCUUGAAGCACCUACAACAGGAGGCAGAGAAGCUUGUGGCAUCCCUACAGGACAGCUCUCUGGAGGAAGAGCAGUUCACGGCCGCCAUGCAGGCCCAGGGCCUGCGCCACUCUGCAGCUGCCACUGCCCUCCCCCUCAGCCACGGUGCAGCCCGGAAGUGGUUCUACAAGGAUCCACAGGGGGAGAUCCAAGGACCCUUCACAACACAGGAGAUGGCGGAGUGGUUCCAAGCGGGCUACUUCUCCAUGGCCCUGCUUGUAAAGCGUGGCUGUGAUGAGGGCUUUCAGCCACUGGGUGAGGUGAUCAAGAUGUGGGGUCGUGUGCCCUUUGCCCCGGGGCCCUCGCCACCCCCGCUGCUGGGAAACAUGGACCAGGAGCGGCUGAAGAAGCAACAGGAGCUGGCAGCAGCGGCCUUGUACCAGCAGCUGCAGCACCAGCAAUUUCUUCAGCUGGUCAACAGCCGCUCCCUCCAGCAGUGUGGGCUCCGGGAAAAGGCGGCUCUGGGGGACCUGACGCCACCGCAGCAGCAGCAGCUCACCGCCUUCCUGCAGCAGCUCCAAGCUCUCAAACCCCCCAGAGGUGGGGACCAGAACCUGCUCCCGACGAUGAACCGUUCCUUGUCGGUGCCGGAUUCAGGCUCCCUCUGGGACAUACAUACCUCAGCCUCAUCACAGUCAGGCGGUGAGGCCAGUCUUUGGGACAUACCAAUUAACUCUUCGACUCAGGGUCCAAUUCUAGAACAACUCCAGCUGCAACAUAAAUUCCAAGAGCGCAGAGAAGUGGAGCUCAGGGCUAAGCGGGAGGAGGAGGAGCGUAAGCGCCGGGAGGAGAAGCGGCGCCAGCAGCAGCAGCAGCAGCAGGAGGAGCAGAAGCGGCGGCAGGAGGAAGAGGAGCUGUUUCGGCGCAAGCAGGUGCGGCAGCAGGAGCUACUGCUGAAGCUGCUGCAGCAGCAGCAGGCGGUGGCCUCUGUCCCAGUGCCCCCUGCACCCAGCUCCCCGCCCCCACUGUGGGCCGGCCUGGCCAAGCAAGGACUUUCCAUGAAGACGCUGCUUGAGCUGCAGCUGGAGGGCGAGCGACAGCUGCAUAAGCAGCCCCCGCCUCGGGAACCAUCGCGGGCCCAGGCCCCCAACCACCGUGUGCUUGGGGGCCUGGGCACUGCCCCCCUGAACCAGUGGGUAUCUGAGGCUGGGCCGCUGUGGGGCGGGCCCGACAAGAGUGGGGGCAGCAGCAGCGGCCUGGGGCUCUGGGAGGACACCCUCAAGAGCAGCGGGAGCCUGGCCCGUAGCCUGGGCCUGAAGAACAGCCGGAGCAGCCCUUCUCUCAGUGAUUCCUAUAGCCACCUGUCAGGUCGGCCUGUGCGCAAAAAGACAGAGGAGGAAGAGAAGCUGCUGAAGCUGUUACAGGGCAUCCCCAGGCCCCAGGAUGGCUUCACCCAGUGGUGUGAGCAGAUGCUACACACACUUAGCACCACGGGCAGUCUGGAUGUGCCCAUGGCUGUAGCGAUCCUCAAGGAGGUGGAAUCCCCCUAUGAUGUCCACGAUUAUAUCCGUUCCUGCCUGGGGGACACGCUGGAAGCCAAAGAAUUUGCCAAACAAUUCCUGGAGCGGAGGGCUAAGCAGAAAGCCAGCCAACAACGGCAGCAGCAGCAGGAGGCUUGGCUGAGCAGUGGCUCCCUGCAGACGGCCUUUCAGACCAACCAUAGCACCAAACUUGGCCCUGGGGAGGGCAGCAAGGCCAAGAGGCGGGCACUGAUGCUGCACUCGGACCCUAGCAUCUUGGGGUACUCCCUGCACGGACCUUCUGGUGAGAUUGAGAGCGUGGAUGACUACUGACCAGCCCAUCCCACCAGCCCCCUGGGCUGUAGGCCAGGAGCAGCCGCAGCAGCUUGGACCCUUGGGUCCCCAGUCUGCAGGCUCCCAACAAGGAGCAUAGGAGGCAGCAGGGGCAGGGUCCCCAGCACUUGUUACAAACCACACAAUGCACCUUAACUCACCCACCACGAGGCACUUUACAGAUUGGGGGGAAGGGGUUUUUUGUUCCUUUUCUUUUUAAAAAAUUUUAAACAACAUUUGAAGAAAACGUUAGGAGAGACAAAAAUUGUUAAAAACUAGACUCUAAUCACCCCUUUCCCCCUCUGGGGAUUGUGGGGGUGACAGUGGAAGGUCCAUGGAGUUUUGGGUUUGUUUUUUUUUUUAAGAAAAAGGAAAAACAAUGAAAAAAAGGUUAGGAGGCUGAAAGGAAAAACACACUGUUAUUUUGGGGCAGUGGGGACAUGCCCCCACAGAUCUGUCCUGCCUGGCCCCCAAGGCUGCACUUACCCUCCCUGCCCCACCAGGUGGGCCAUUGGGGUAACUGGAAGCUGGGGUGCCAGCAGUUUGCACAGCAAGGCCCCCUCAACCCCGCCAGCCGGACCUCUGUGAAUGGCCCCCUUGUUGCUGUGACUGGCAGAGGUGUCUGGGAUUGGGGCCAAAGGAGCCCCUUGGCUUUGCUGCUUUGGGGGAAAGUUGCACAAAUGGGCUGUGCCAUCUCACCUCCCCAGGUGGCUGAUGGGGUAGAUGGCAGAGGGCCGGCCUGGUGCCAACCUCAUCUGGCUGUCAGGGCAGCAGAACUUCCACUCUGGCCCUGGUGAGGGGCUUCCCUUCCGCUGCCAUUGGGGGGAUGACCUGGGUGUGAAGCUGAAAGCCCCAGCUCCCUGCCUUGCCACAUGAAUGUAUUCUUUGGGCCACAAGCCCCUGCUGCGCCCCCGGCCUCAGCCUUUAGUGAGGUGGGGGCAGAGCAGUUCCUCCAGGAGCUGGGGAGAGGCACCCCUUAAUGACUGUUUCUCCUGUGAAAAGGGGGCUAGAGGAGAGGCCCAGGAGGCCGAGAGUGGGCAGCUGGGGGCUUCAGUUGCAGUGUGGGGGCUGUUAGAAGGGAGCCCCCCACCUGCAGCCAGCUGGCUGUGUACCCCUCCAUUGACCAAACUGGAGAGGAGUGGCCUCUCCCCUCCCUGCUCCCCUGAUGAGUUUUUAAUGUUGGGUAAGGUGGGGGGGUCAAGAAUAGAAGUGUCUGUCUCCUGAGUGGGGCGGCAGUCCUUCUACUGCUCACCGACGUAUUCCCAAUCACCUGCCUGGGUUUGUCUCCAUUCCUGGUUUGGUUUUUCUUCCUUGUUUCUCAUCUAACUUCUCCUGUUGACCUCAUUGCUCAGAGUGCAGUAUUAGGGCAGGAUUCUGCCGCUGCCUCCCCUCCAUGAAUGUAUCGAUCCUUCCUGCCCUGGGGAAAUGGGGAGUGGCCCCAGUUUUCUUUCCCCAUCCAUCCCCGGAGACCACAUUUUUUUUUUUUUUUUUUUUGCACCAAAGUGGCAACUGGGUCAGUGUUUGGGGGAUAAAGCUGGCCUUGGGGGGUGGAGGGACUCUCUCCACCUGCUUCUCCCUGGUUUCAACAGUGUUAGCAUCCGUGAAAAGACAAUAUUCUCUCUAAAGCAAUAAGGGGAUGAUGGGCCAGGGGGAAAUGACUUGCUGCUGCUGGCCCCCCAGCUCCCCCUUUCCUUGCGCCAGUAUUUGGCGGCAUUAGAGGUGUGGGGGGAGUACUGUUGUGACUGAAUGUAACUGCCCCCACCCCUGCCGCAGCCAAUGCAGGGGGCGGGGGGACGACACUCUUCCCCUCUCUUCCUUCCCCUUACCCCCAGCUAAAGAGACUUUGAACUUAGGGGGCCCUUGAGCCUGGAGAGGCCUUAACCCUGUGAGGAAGUGUAGGGGGAGCCCUCUCCCACCCCAUCCCCUUCUGAGAGUGGUCAAUGUUUACAAGCCCCUGAGCCCCCCAGCCCAGGGACUCGGCCCCUAUUGCUGUCCUUUCCCAGCCCAUCUUCCUGGGCCCCGGCUGCUCUCCCACCCUUCCCAGAGUUGGGGUGGGUGCAGGGGCCAUUCUGUACGCCCUGUCUGCCAUGUACCUCCAAUCUCCCCCACCCCAUGACUUACCCUUCUACCUACCCCUGCCCCUGUAAAUACGCCCCCCAAUAAAACUUGGUGUGUGUUCCCUUCCGCUUCUGCAUCU